AUGAUAGCGUUAAAAAAACAUGCUAAACGGAAGACAUUACAAAAUAGCGACCCAGGAAAAAUCUUGGAUUUGGUCAUGAGUUUGGAAGAUGAAUUGUGCGCUGAUCUACAAAUAAAAAUUAACGGUUACUUAGCGGAAGAAUGCGAGUGCGAGCUUGUAUUGCAAGUGAUCGUAAACAGCGAGCGUAUGGAGGCGUUCAUAGAGGCGGUAGGGGGCACGGCGCUCCCCCGGAAAAUGAAGAUUAAUAUGUCGCAAAAAUUAAUAGACGUAAUAAAGCUUUCAAAUGUACAAACGGAUUUAAUUCACAACUUUGAAGGAGACUUCCAGGAUAUAGUUUUACCGUAUCUCCAAAAAGACCAAUCAAAGAGACGCGUGAUUCUGCAUCCUGUGGCGGAUAAACCGUUCGCAAUAAUCGUAUGCGUGGUCGCGCCCAAAAUCCUGGAAGAGAGGGUGGCUAACGUGAUAAAUGAGUGUUACCUGUUCGUGUGGCCUACUUUGAAGAAAAGUAUAUGCUAUGAGUACGAGUGCACGUUGAAACAGAAGUGCCAACAACUCUUGCGUGUAGCGAGACGACUUUUUACGCAAGUGGCCUCAUUGGAGACGCUUCUUCGCAUAGCGGUGGAACAAGCGAAGCUGCUAACGAAGGCCGAGUACUGCUCGGUGAUGCUAGUAGAUGUGGAGAGAAUGGAACUUGUGGAUUCCUAUUCUAUCAAACUGAAUCUGUGUGGAAAAGAACAAGACGAGCGUCAUUUUCCUCUAAAUAUGGGUAUAGCAGGCCAAGUUAUACAGACGGGAAAAGUGAUAAACGAAAAGGAUUCCAAAAAAUCUGCCAUGUUUGAUCCAAAUAUAGACGGUCUCCCGGGUGUGGACUGCAAAGCAAUCCUAUGCUUCCCAAUUCGAGAACAGACUGGAAUAAUCGGCGUCGGCCAACUGAUAAACAAAGUGGGGGAUCCCUACUUUGACGCGAUGGACGAGGAGAUGGCGCUCGCUUUUAGCAUCUACUGCGGGGUCUGCAUCAUGCACUCCGUGGUCUAUCAGAAGAUUCAGGAAGCACAUGUUAGAAAUACCUUGGCCAAUGAAUUAGUCAUGUAUCACAUGAAGGUGGGAGACGCAGAAGUAACUCGAAUGCUAGAGUGCACAGGUUUCCACACUCACCCGCACCUGUCCAGUUUGCAUUUCAAUCCCCGGGCUCUGCCUAUGCGUGAGCUGCCAUGCUAUGCCAUGAAGAUGUUUUUAGAUCUAGGGUUCGAUAAGAGGUUCAAUAUAAAUAUCACCAAGUUAGCUCGUUUCAUCCUGUAUGUGAAAAAAGGAUACCGUGAUGUGCCUUACCACAGUUGGUUACACGCGUUCAACGUCGCUCAAUGGGCUUACGCAGCGCUCGUCAACUUCAAAUUGAUCUCAUCUGGAUAUUUAAAUGAUUUGCAAGGUCUGAUGUACCUAAUAGCUGGACUGGUACACGAUUUGGAUCAUAGAGGGACCACUAACAGCUUCCAUAUACACGGCCAGACGACGCUAGCCGCGCUGUACUCCAGCGAAGGCAGCGUGAUGGAGAGACAUCAUCUAGCACAAGCGAUGUGUAUCCUCAACACGGAGGGCUGCGACAUCCUGCAGGCUUUACCCAGGAGGGACUACGACCGCGCCAUCCUCAUGUUGCGGGACUAUAUAUUGGCUUCCGAUCUGGCUAAUUACUUCAAAAACCUGAACGAGUACAAGAUAAUAGCCAAUGACUUCCAAAAGGGCAACAGAGUUCACAUCGCGUGCUUGCAGUCGCUACUGAUGAACGGAGCUGACCUCAGCGACCAGCUCAAAGACUGGAACAGUGUUAAAAAGACUGCGGCGGCGGUUCUGACAGAGUUCUUCAACCAGGGCGAUGUGGAGAAGAGCCGUGGUGACCUCCCGCCCAUCAUCAUGGACCGCGAUAAGUGCAUCAUUCCUGACCUCGAGAUACAGUUCCUGCAGACCACUUGUGUGCCGCUUUUUGAACUUCUUGGACGGAUUAUACCGAAGGCAACUACGUGUAUGAAGAUUAUAGAAAACCAUAUUGAAAGAUGGGGUGCCGCGAAGUCCAUAUUUGCUGAGGUACCGCCAACGGCUGGAUUAUCAGUUCUUCUGAGUCCAGAGUUAGAUAACCUGAUCGAACUCAACUUGAAGGAGAUGGAACGCUUGAAACUUGAAGCCGAAGCCGCAGAGGCGGCCGCAGCGGAGAAUGCUUGAAUUAGAUUUUUUUGGUCGAGAUAAAUUAGCCGUAGUAGCAAUUGUUCCUAUAGGAAUCAAAAAGCAAUAAGAAUGAACAAAAAUGAAUUAUUUUUGGUUUAGAU